CAUAUAUAUUAUAUAUUUAUAUAUAUAUAUAAAUAUAUGUGUAUAUAUAUAUAUAUGCAUUUGUCUUAUGUGUAUAUACAUAUAUAUAUAUAUGUGUGUGUAUAUAUAUAUAUAUAUACAUACAUACAUACAUACAUUCAUACAUACACACAUACAUACGUAUGUACAUACAUAUACAUAUAUAUAUACAUAUUCUAUAUUCUUUUUCAGUCAAAAAAUCUUGCAUACACCAUUUAGUACAUCAGCACCCACCCGAACUAACUAUAAAAACAGUUUGCUAUUUCAAUUGUGUUUAUGAGUGUUACAGACAAAGGCUAACUUCUUUUUAUUUUAUUAAGAACUAAAUUUUCACUAACAAAAGAUCAGAUGUUUAUUUAUUAGUCAUCAUCAUCAUCAUCAUUGUCUAUUAUUUAUACACAAGGGCUUGUGGCAGUUUGCUUUAAAAUCAAAUUAAACAUGAAUAUCGUAUGAACUGUAUAAUGAAAUUAUAUAUAUUUAAAAUAAUGCACUUGCAGCAACAUGCAGAUAUGUUUAUACUUGUGUGUGCUAUGUAUGUGUGAAUGUGUGUGUAUGUGUGUAUGUAUGUAUGUAUAUAUAUAUAUAUAUAUAUUAUGGAGAUGUACUUGCAUAGCAAGUGACCUGAUCUGAGAUCGUAUGCUGAAACAAAAACAAUUGCAGUGUGGAAGGUGUUUAUAAGUCAUUUAAAAACACACAAAAACCAUUAGAUUCACUUCAACAUUUAAAUUUAAUUUGCCAAAAUAUUUUCAUCGCUUUGAGACCACAACCUGUUCACUGACGGCACGGAAUUUUGUCAGUGAAAGACCACGGUUUCAAUGAGCUGAAAAUAUUUUGGUAAAUUAAAUUUAAAUGUUGAAGUGAAUCUAACGGUUUUUGUGUGUUCUUAAAUGGCUUAUAAACACCUUCCACACUACAAUUGUGUAUAUAUGUGUGUGUGUGUGUAUACACAUACACACACACAAACAUAGAUAUAUAUAAGAUACACACACACACAUAUACCUACACCUUCUGACACACUUAUACAUAAGCUCAUAUCAAUAAAAAUUAACUGACUCCAUCAAAUAAAGUCUUAUCAAGCCUCAGAUCUACAGCAGCAUGUAAUUUCAAACUGCUUUUCUUAGGAGCAGAAAAUACAAUUCCUUAUUUAGAGGCAAUGAAGUCAAUGGCUGAAAUAUAUUCUUCGCAACAGGAAUGUAAUUGACUGCCAAAGCAUUCCAUUUCCUUAUAGCUUAUAUAAUGUCGAAUAUAAUAUUUAUUUAUUUACAUUGUUUUGAAUGAGUCGUGCAUUAUUUCAUAGCUUUGAGAUAUUUUUGAUGAGAUUGCUUCUUUUCAGAUUAAUGUUGUAGGGUAGGUGUGAGAGUGUAGAUCUGGCUGGUUUCAACAUGUGACUGCAACGGUAUUUUUGCCAGGUGUAGCCAGUUUAAAUGCUAAAGGAUUAAAUUGAAUAUAUACUUAUAGUAUGUAUCUAUACAGGGAUGUAUACACAAACACACACACAUGAACAUACACACAUAAACACACUUAUGCACACACACACAUGCAUGUGUGUGUGUGUGUGUGUGUAUAUAUAUAUAUAUAUAUAUAUAUAUACACACACAAACACACAUACACACACACACACACACACAUAUAUAGAUAUACAUACAUAUAUAUAUAUACAUAUACAUACAUAUAUAUAUAUACAUAUACAUACAUAUAUAUACAUACAUAUAUAUAUAUACAGAAUUUGAGGAAGAAAUAUCCACGUAAGUGAUUGUUAAAAACAACCUUGAUGCCAACUGGGUUUAACCAAAUAUAUUGAUAUUGAGAUCAUCAAUACAUAUGUAUAUAAACAGUCUCAUAGAAUUAAAAAAUCAAUAAAAGAAAAUGUAGGAAAACAAUUAAAAAAGAUGCUUGGUUUGAUUUAUUUGUAUUAGAAUUGAAAAAGAAAUCCACACUUGCCCAACACACUACACUAUAUUUUCUUUUCAGGUGGAUUUGGUGUUUUAGUAGCCUUUUAAUGUUCAAUAUUAGCUAAAUUUUAAACGAUAAAUUUCUAAGCUCGUAAAUUAUGCGUCUUUUAAAGUGAGUUUGUUAACAUUUGAAAAUACCUGAACAUUGUCCUCAAUUUAAUUAAGUUAUUUCGUAACUGAAGACUACAAUACACUUAUUUUUCCUGAAGAGAUCUAACAAUAAAUAGAUAAUUGCAUCUUUUAAUGUUAUAAUUACUGAUGAUUCUUAAAUAUUGUUAUAUCGAAACAUAUAUAUAUGUAUGUAGAAUAUCUUUUUGGGGUUAUUUUGUUGGUUGAGGUGGUUCCUUUUAUACUCUUAUAUUUUUUCACCUUUUAAUUUGCAUUACUUUUCCAAUUGUUAUACAAAUAAAACGAACCAAGCAUCUUUUUAAUUUUUCUUCGUUUUCUUUUAUUGACUUUUUAAUUGUGUGUGUGUGUGUGUGUGUGUGUGGUAUUAUGUGGAUAAUAAAGGUGGUGACCUGACAGAAUUGUUAGCAUGCUGAUCAAAAUGAUUGCAGCAUUUCAUCCAUACAUUCUAAGUUCAAAUUCCACUGAGGUCAAUUUUACCUUUCAUUCUUUCAGGCUCAUUAAAAUAAGUAUUAGUUGAGCUUUGGGGGUCAAUGUAAUUGUCUUAACUCCUACUCGAUAAUUGCUAUAUAGUUGAUGUUGCUUGUCCCUUUGACCCACAAAUAGUCAAGAAGGAAGGCGAAAAGAUGGAUAGAUACAACUCCCAUAAGUAUGAAAUAGCCUAGCUAUGGAAACUAAAGGUGAAGAUAAUGCCAAUUAUUGUAGGGUCAUUGGGAACAGUAUCAGAAGGCAUCAAGAGGAAUAUAAAGGAAAUUGGGAUAGAGUGCCCAGUAGAACUGUUACAAAAGGUUUGCUUCCUUGGCACGGCCAGAAUAAUCAGGAAAGUAUUAGAAAGCUGAAAACAAAGAACAGCAUGGUACCGUAGGCUGCAGGUAGUAAGCCCGCUACGCAUGCAAGACUCCAGGAGCUCCAACAAAACCUGUGAUAAAGAGAAAAUAAUAAUAAUGAUAAUAAUUGUUGGAGCCCUGGGAACAGUGAGCAAAAAUCUUGAAAAGUACAUUGAACAAAUAGGGGCUGCAAUAAGGGUGGAGCACUUGCAGAAAACAGCACUGCUUGGAACCGCUCAAAUACUCUGGAAGGUGCUCAAAAAAUAAGAGGUGUUACCUUAGUUCACUGGUAGGGAACAGCUGUCACCGUAGUGCAUCUCCAGUGUUAGAAGCUGUGCAAAGGCAAUAAUAAUAAUAAUAAUAAUAAUAAUAAUAAUAGGAUGCUAAAGCUCAUUGGAAACCACAAGAAGGAGAGCAAAAAAUCUGCUAGUGAGUUUAUCCAUGAUAAUACUCAGGUUGAAUAGCAUGAGGGAAGUGCAGCAAAUGUAGUUGCAAAGAAGGUGAAAUCAAUAGCAAAGCAAAAUGCAUUUGAACAAUUGGCUGGGAACAAAAACCUCUGCAUAGCAAAUAUGUGGCCCGUGGCAAACAAGCUGAUGUAGACCAGAAGCACACCCAUCAAUGGCUACGGAGCUCAGGGCUAAAGGCAUAGACUGAAGGCUUUAUCUUGGCUGCCCAAGAUCAGAGCUUAUUGACCCAGAACUAUCAAGCCAAUGUGAUGAAAAAUGGUGUUGACCCAAAAUGUCGAUACUGCAAUGAUGUGAUAGAAACAGUUGACCACAUAAUCUCUGGAUGUAAGGUUUUAGCACCUGUAGAGUACAAAUCAAGUCAUGACAGAGUUGGCCAAUAUCUACAUUGGAUAAUGUGUUGGUAUUAUAAGAUCAAAACUGCUGACAAAUGGUACAAGCACCACUCUGAGGCUGUAAAUAUUCUUUGGGACUUCCCAGUAUGUACAGACCGGUCCAUCAAGGCAAAUUAACCAGAUAUUGUUGUGAAAGACAGCAGCAAUAAAGUUUGUUUAUUGAUUGACGUGAGCAAACCCUGUGACCAUAAUAUCUCGGCAAAAGAAUUUGAUAAGCUCAGAAAAUAUAAAGAUUUGUUAAUCACAAUCGAAAAGAUGUGGCAUCUCAAGAUGGUUACAAUACCAGUAAUUAUAGGAACACUUGGAAUGAUCAAAAAAGGAACUGAAAAUUAUUUAUAUAUUUAUAUAUAUAUUUGACUUUGUUUUGUCUUCUGAUAAUAUCAUUUCUUUCUUGCUCUUCUCUUUGUAUGUCUUCUAGUUGGCUGUCGGAAGUUAAGAAACAGCAAAUAUAUGACGGUAUCUGUGGAUGUUGUUGAAGGAAUUGAGGAGAUGACUAUUGCAUGUAAUGAAGGAACCCAUGAACCAGCAGACAAUAUCACCAACGUUAUAUGUCUUCAGGAUAAAUGGAUUCCAUUUAUUCCUAAAUGUAGACCAAAUCCUUGCAAAGUUCCAGAGUUGAACAAUGGGCAUUACCAUACCCCUUUACUUGGCAGAAUCCAAUCUGGUACUGAGAUGGAACACGGUCAAACCAUUUAUGCCAAAUGUGAAAAUGGUUACGAAACAACAAAGUUUUAUUUCACUUCUUGUAAAUAUGGAGAAUUCAAGAACAUUGAAAAUAUUUCUUGUGUAGAAAAGAGUUGUAAACCUUUAAAAAAGCUAACUAAUGGCACAUUUGACAAAAUCGGAAAUGGUGGACAGCUUUCUUGGAUUCCUGGUACCAAAACUAAAGUAAUCUGUGAAAAUGGUUUCAUUCCCAAGAAUGGCAUCACCAAUGUUACAUGCCAGCGAGGAAGAUGGCAGCCCGACGAACCAAGCUGCAUACCAAAAUAUUGUUUGCUGCCAUUCAUACCAAAUGGAUAUUUCUUAUAUAGAAAUCAUAAACAGAUACAAGACAAACUCAUCAAAAAUGGUACCGCUAUCAAGACGUUCUGUGAUUCAAACCAUAAUUUGAGUGGACCAAAGGCAAUUGUCUGUUCCUAUGGGAAAUGGUUACCAGAGGUUCCAGCUUGCCAAAAAUAUUUCUGCAUUCCUCUGACAAACAGCACCACUUCUCCCCUGGUUUUAAACACUCACCACAGAAAGAGACAAGAGAUUGGAUCUGUCUCUUUGUACCAAGACCAGCUACACCCACAUGGGACUGUUGUAAAACUAGUCUGUGACCCCAGCAAAUAUAAAUCUAAAAAUGGUGUUACAACCUCGACGUGUCUCAAUGGGAAAUGGACUGUGACUGACCUGGAAUGUCAACCAUUUUCAUGUCUACAGUUAAAAAAUGACAGUGUUUCUUCACCUUUGACCUUAAUUGGGUCAACCUCGAGACUAAUGCUGCACUCAAGUACAGUGGAAUUACACUGCAAUCCACAGACAACCAUUCCUUUAAACAAUAACAUCCGGUCAGUUUGCCAAUAUGGGAAGUGGAUACCAAGCCUUUUGGAAUGCAAACCAAGAUCUUGUGUACUGCCAGAAUUCAAAGAGACAAGCUACAGAUUCCUGAACGAUGAGCCAGUGGUAAACUUCACCAUUCCAAGUGGUACCUACAUCCAUGUGAUAUGUGACAAGCCCCAUCUCAUACCCACAGUAGUGCUUUGUCACUACGGUAAAUGGGUGCUGCCAGUGCGUUCCUGUUUUGAUGGUUCCUGCUACAUUAGCCAGAAUGAAAAUAUUGAUUUCUGGACAGACAUGGAUUCCGGUGAAAUAAAUUUCAAAAAUUAUGUUCACAAUUCAACUUCUAUAAAGAUUUCUUGUAAAUUGAAUUCUCGGCUGAUGAAUGGAACAGUCAACAAAUUUACCUGUCUUGAAGGAGAAUGGAGCCCCUAUGAACCAUUUUGUGAAAAGAAACCUGCAAAGGCGCCAAAACUACUUAGGACUAAUUCCGUCUGCAAACAUCCAGAACAAGGAGACAAUGUUGUGUUUGUCUGGGACAAUGUUGAUUCCAAAUACAAUGGAAACAGUUUCAUUGCCAAUGGAACCAGCUUCCAUGCUCGUUGUACUGAUGUUGGUAACUUCCAACUGUUGGGUUCCAAUUUCCUUUCAUGUCAGAAUGGUAUAUGGUAUGGAAAGUUACCAGUUUGCCAAAAAACUGAAGAAGAUGAAUCAGCGCCACCAAGAAUCUACAUCAACAUUACAACAACAUGGAGUGAUGAGAGAACAAGAUAUGUAGUUACUGCAAAUGGAAGUGUUGUGAUCAACGCAGGAGACCGACUGCAACUUGGCUGUUCGCACAACCUGUACGAAACAAAAGACUUAGAAUGGGUGCCACCAAAUGACAGCAUUCCGACACCUGAAAGUAUCCCAGAAAGUAUUGCUUCCAAUGUCACUGGUAUCCGUCUGCAUAUCUCUCAUUUCACACCAAAUAAUGUGGGACAAUAUAUUUGCAGAAUAAAAGACUCCUCGCUAUUUCAUUUUGUAAAUAUUAUUUUGUGAACAUAAUAAAACCUUUUGAUAAUAUAGCAUACAAAAGACAAUAACGUA